AUGUGCGUGAUAGAAGUGUACGAGGGUAGUAUAAACUAUGCUGUAAUGUGCGUGAUAGAAGUGUACGAGGGUAAUAUAAACUAUGCUGUAAUGUGCGUGAUAGAAGUGUACGAGGGUAGUAUAAACUAUGCUGUAAUGUGCGUGAUAGAAGUGUACGAGGGUAGUAUAAACUAUGCUGUAAUGUGCGUGAUAGAAGUGUACGAGGGUAGUAUAAACUAUGCUGUAAUGUGCGUGAUAGAAGUGUACGAGGGUAGUAUAAACUAUGCUGUAAUGUGCGUGAUAGAAGUGUACGAGGGUAGUAUAAACUAUGCUGUAAUGUGUGUGAUAGAAGUGUACGAGGGUAGUAUAAACUAUGCUGUAAUGUGCGUGAUAGAAGUGUACGAGGGUAGUAUAAACUAUGCUGUAAUGUGCGUGAUAGAAGUGUACGAGGGUAGUAUAAACUAUGCUGUAAUGUGCGUGAUAGAAGUGUACGAGGGUAGUAUAAACUAUGCUGUAAUGUGCGUGAUAGAAGUGUACGAGGGUAGUAUAAAGUAUGCUGCAAUGUGCGUGAUAGAAGUGUACGAGGGUAGUAUAAACUAUGCUGUAAUGUGCGUGAUAGAAGUGUACGAGGGUAGUAUAAAGUAUGCUGCAAUGUGCGUGAUAGAAGUGUACGAGGGUAGUAUAAAGUAUGCUGCAAUGUGCGUGAUAGAAGUGUACGAGGGUAGUAUAAACUAUGCUGUAAUGUGCGUGAUAGAAGUGUACGAGGGUAGUAUAAACUAUGCUUUAAUGUGCGUGAUAGAAGUGUACGGGGGUAGUAUAAACUAUGCUGUAAUGUGCGUGAUAGAAGUGUACGAGGGUAGUAUAAACUAUGCUGUAAUGUGCGUGAUAGAAGUGUACGAGGGUAGUAUAAAGUAUGCUGCAAUGUGCGUGAUAGAAGUGUACGAGGGUAGUAUAAACUAUGCUGUAAUGUGCGUGAUAGAAGUGUACGAGGGUAGUAUAAACUAUGCUUUAAUGUGCGUGAUAGAAGUGUAG